AGAGUGACUGCAGAGGAGUAUAAAACACCACGACACUGAGACUAACCUUCACCCUUUCCUGCUUUUGCAGAGUCUCACACACUCCAGACAACAGGAAACCACACACAGAAUGAGGGUGUUUCUCGCUGUCGCCGCCCUUGUGGCCGUGGCCAGUGCUGCCAGCCUUUCACUGGAGGAUCUGGAGUUUCAUGCCUGGAAACUGAAGUUUGGUAAGAUCUACCACUCUGUGGAGGAAGAGUCUCAGCGUAAAUUGACCUGGCUGACCAAUCGCAAGCUGGUGCUGGUUCACAACAUGCUGGCUGACCAGGGCAUCAAGAGCUACAGACUCGGCAUGACCUUCUUUGCAGACAUGGACAACAAGGAGUACAGGAAGUUGUUUGCGAGCUGCUUGGGAUCCUUCAACAGAACCAAGGCCCACAGUGCAACUACAUUCCUCCGACAGACGCUGCGCGAUCCCCUGCCUGAUACCGUGGACUGGAGGCCCAAGGGUUACGUGACUGAUAUAAAGGACCAGAAGGACUGUGGCUCCUGCUGGGCCUUCAGCGCGACGGGUUCACUGGAGGGCCAGACGUUCAGGAAGACAGGAAAGCUGGUGUCCCUCAGUGAGCAGCAGCUGGUGGACUGCUCUGGGGAUUAUGGGAACUUUGGCUGUGGAGGCGGCUUGAUGGACCAGGCCUUCGAAUACAUCAAGGCCAACAAGGGAAUUGACACUGAGGACUCCUACCCUUACGAGGCCGUUGAUGGAGACUGCAGGUUCAAACCAGACAGUGUUGGAGCUACCUGCACUGGCUUUGUGGACAUCAGCAGUGGAGAUGAGAAGGCUCUACAGGAAGCUGUGGCCACCAUCGGACCUAUUUCUGUGGCCAUCGAUGCCGGACACUCCUCCUUCCAGCUCUAUGAGUCAGGUAUCUACAAUGAGCCUGACUGCAGCAGCACUGAACUGGACCACGGCGUCCUGGCUGUAGGUUACGGCACUGACAAUGGAAAGGACUACUGGCUGGUCAAGAACAGCUGGGGUCUGGACUGGGGUAACAAAGGCUACAUCCAGAUGUCCAGGAACGAGGAUAACCAGUGUGGUAUUGCCACCAUGUCCAGCUAUCCACUGGUGUAAAGGUUUCGAGGGUUCUGCGUGAGACGGUAGGAGCGAUCCGUUCAGCUGGUUAUCAGAUAUCAGCCGUGACGUUAAUCCUCAACAUGCAACGCUCAGCUUUAUCUCAGGGAAAGUCUGUGAACUGAAAUCUGAUUUAUUUUUUAUAUAUAAGUUCUGUAAUGUUUCACUCAUUAUUAGGAGUGCAUGGUGUAAUUGUUCCAAUGAAAGUAAUUGAGAAAAUAAAACAAAUGCUAUUUUACACAG